AUGCACAGCCACGGAAUACUUGACAUCAUCACUGUUUCGCCAACCACUUAUGAGCCUCUCGGAAGUCAGAUCAUGAAGUACUCUUACCCCGCAUCGCACGACAAGGAUGAACUGAACGACCAACUCCUUGCGCUCAAAAUAUCCCGCCACUCUCCAUGUACUCUGUGUAACUCGUGCCCCGGUCUGCACCCCGACCCUACAUACCAUAUAGUGCUCGAUGAUUCCAGCGUUGAGCCCUCCCUGGUAGACCUGGACCAGUAUGGAUCAGAUGACGAGGAUGGAGACGGGCACCCACCAUAUCUUACAUCGUGCGCGUGCGGGCAUGAUAUGUACGACCACGGCGCAAAUCAGCCUCAACUUGGACGGGACGAGUUUCUUCGCCGUGGACGCGUCGCAAUAAGACUUGAUGAAUUGCUGCAGGUGAAGCUUAACGUCUUAUGUACUGGACUCAUAUGAAUGCCACCAUAGGAUGUGCACAAACUCCUCGACUUUGAGUAUGUCGACUCGGACAUCCUCUCGCUCCGGAAUCAGAUGAAACUUCCGAUAUCCGGUAUGAGCCUUGCGCAUUCCAACGGCAGUCCAGGUUCGCUCCCGAUGGCGUUAAUACAUGCUUCGGGAUAGCUGAAAUUAUCACCCAGAGAUUCGUUCUCCCAGCCCACCAUCUUCCGUCUUCUCUGCUCUGAGCGAUAUCUCUCCUCCGCCCACGAAAAGGCGGCGAUUGUCUUCAUCUUCACUAAGCGUGUCAGACGAAGAAGAGGAUCGACCCCUUGCUUCACGUGUCGGCCUCAAGACCGGGGGCACCAACGGAAAAUCAGUCCGCCCGGCAGCAUCCAGAAGCGGCAAGAAGGGACCCGGAAUCAAGACCAAACGACAGGACGCGCCUUGGCCUGUGAACGGACAAGCCAAUGGGACAGUCGUCAAGAGAGAGGAACCAAUGAAUGAAGAGCAGCUGUCUAGGCUAACGACCGGUGUGAGCGUCGACUCGAAGCAGACGUCGUUGGGUGAUUCGUCUGUCAAGCCAGAGAAAGCUGUGGUUGGCGAACUGCGGCGAGGCGUGAUCACAAUCGUCCCGGUGGAAAACGAUAGGAAACCUCACUCAUUGAUCAUUCUGACGGGGCUGAAGACAUUGUUCCAAAAACAACUUCCCAAAAUGCCCCGAGAGUACAUCGCGAGAUUGGUAUACGACAGCAACUCGAAAGCAGUGGCCAUCGUCAAACGAGGCCUGAAAGUUGUCGGAGGAAUCUGCUAUCGACCGUUUCCGCAUCGCGGUUUCGCAGAGAUCGUCUUUUUUGCAACCAAUUCGUCGGACCAAGUGAAGGGCUACGGUGCCAUGCUAAUGGAUCACUUCAAAGCGCAUAUCAAAACGGCCUUUCCUGGGAUGAUGCAUUUCCUAACCUAUGCCGACAACUACGCUGUGGGCUACUUCGAAAAACAGGGUUUCUCGAAGGAGAUCACGCUCGAUCGAUCUGUGUGGGCUGGGUACAUCAAAGAUUAUGAGGGCGGUACCAUAAUGCAGUGCACUAUGGUCAAAAAAGUCGAUUACCUCAACAAGCCUGCUCUGCUGGCCGCCCAGCAAGAAGCUGUCAUGUCCAAGAUCCGCGAGAUGUCGCGCUCGCACAUUGUCUAUCCUGGUUUACCUCAGUUCCAGUCACAUGCAACUGGCGAAGUUACGGUGGACUAUCGAGAUGUACCUGGACUUCGGGAAACAGGAUGGACACCGACCAUGUCUUCGAACCCCGUGAAGAUAAUAUCUCGGAACGCCGAUGUGUGGUGGAUGCAAAAGAUGUUGCACGAUCUCAAAGACAACUCUGCUUCGUGGGCAUUCCAAUAUCCUGUGGACGCCAAGGAUGUUGUAGAUUACUACGACGUCAUCACAGACCCUAUGGAUCUCGAUACCAUGUCCAAGAAACUGGACCGAAAUGAGUAUGCGACAGUGGACGAUUUCGUGGCUGACACCCAGCUCAUCUUUGACAAUUGUCGCAAAUACAACGCGGAAGGGUCCAAUUAUGUCAAGAAUGCGAACAAGCUGGAAAAGUUUGUCCGGGACCGUGUCGCUGCUCGUGAUGGAUGAGUUCUCUCAAUUGCUCUGGUGUAUUUUAUAUAGCUCGCUUAUCCUGUUUGUAUUGUCAGUUCGUAUGUAUGAACAUUGCUAAUUUGCUACAAUUAGAGUAUGAUACAGUAAAGCACAUAAUAACUUGUAAGCUGCUGUUCAUGAGCCCAAACUGGACAGUACAGCAAAGACCUCUUCCUGUCGAUCGCGGAAUGCUUUGAGGCGGGUCAUCCCAAGACUGAGAGCAUUCACUCGGUUUGCAAAGGAUACAGCUCGUCCCUCCACGCUUCUGCGCCCAUCUUCACUCCGCCGACCCUCAUUGCUCGACCUCGACUCUCGUCCAGCAAAUGAAUGUCCGAUCCCCCCUUCGAGAAUCUGGGCCACCCUCGCCAUCUUCCCCUCCGAUAUGCGCUUUCCGUGACUGACCGCCUCGACCGCAGCCACGUCGUCCGACUCGCGCAUUUCUCUGGCCGCAGCUCCAAUCGAGGCUAGUUCAGCCAUGAAAGGCCGCAGCUCCCGCGGACAAUCUGCCAUCGUCAGCGUCCGCCCCAAAACACCGCGGAUGGUCCCGUCAGACCCAACUCCAGACGUGGCAAUCUCCAGAAUAGCAAAAGAGACAGCGGCGAAAUAUGCCCGCGGUGGAUCCGUCUUGAUAAGACCCGCUACGGUCGGCCGUUGUUCAAUGGCAUCCCCGAGCGACGCAUAUAAUGUUUCUCGAAUGAACUCGAUUGCAGGCGACGUGGGUGACAGGAUCGUCGGCGAAUGGGUUGCGGGAGAAUGUGAUCGGGGGCGUGUUGUGGCGCUGGAGCCCGGAGGAGAGAGGAGGUUCGAUGGGCGUCCGGCUCGAAGGGAAUCAGGCACCGUCAUGUACUGUGCCCGGCCAUCCCCAGAGGCAUGGCCGUCCAUUGAAGACCGGGGACUGGAGUGGGCGCUCGACACAGGCGACGCCUCUACAUACUCCGGGGUGGAACAAAGGCCGCCCGUUUCGGGCUGGGCGUAGCAGGUGCUGUGCCUGCGUCCAAUGCAGCCUGCAAGUCGUCUGCGUAGCGAGACUGGAACGACCGGCGCUGGCUAAUCUCAAUGGCCACUGCCCGCAAAUCCGCUGCGAUGCCGUUGAGCCCGGGUUGGAGUGGUGUGAUGAGGGGAUUGAGGCCGCAGAUCAUGCGCGCGAGGUCGUGCUGAAGUUCUGGAGUCAAUGCUUGGAUUUGGGGUACCGCAAGACUCCAGACGCGCAGGAACGGGAUGAAUGGUGUCGGGCAGUUCUCGUAUGACAGAUCAACCGGAGCGCCUCCCGACUUCUCUUUCCUGGGCAGUGGCACGGACGGUGGAUUGGUGGUGCACCGGAGCGCAGCGAAAUAAAGACAUAACGCAGGCCCUAUGUGGUUGAGCGGGAGGAAGAGUGGGUAUGCAGGAAUCUGCUCACCAGUAAUCAUCAGAUCCCCUUCAGCACUGCUCAGGAUGUCAGCAUCCAACAGAUGCUCCGCCUUGGCCUGAGUUAACGAGGAUUUGAGGUAGCUGUGGAACGCGUCCUGGAUAUACGCCUCGGAGAGCAAAUCGCGUGUAGUUGCAGUCAUGGUAUAAAACAGCCAGUAAUCACGUAGGGUGGAGAACGAGAAGUGGAUUGGAGCCUUUUGAACACAUCAUGGCUGUGCAAAUG